AUGAUCAAUCGUCAAAAAAUGAUCAACAGCUGUGACAUCAUCAUUCAUGAAGUUCACAAUAAAAAAAGCCUGAUGGAUAACGAAACUUCUUUAUAUGAUAUAUUUCUAAAUGAAGAGUACAUUCUUAACAGGAUUGAUAUAAGAGUAAUUUUUAUUAUGCUUUAUACCAUUGUCUUCGUUUUCUGCUUUCUCGAUAAUUUAACGAUAAUCUUCAUCGUAAUGUUCUCUUGACAACUAUGCAGUAUUAUUAAUUUUUUUUUAAUUAAUUUGAUAAUACCUGAUUUCUACGUCGAUAUUUUUUGCAUAUAUCAAACUUUAACGAAUUAUUUGAUGAACAGUUAACACAUCACACUUCACACUUUUUCUUAUAUAAUGAGUAUAUUAAUUUCAAUAAUAGUUUGCAUCGAACGAUACUUGGCUAUUGUUUAUUUUAUUAAAUGCAAAUCCGUAAAUUAAACUGGAAGUCAAUUAUAAAUCAUAAUAGAUAUUGUUUAGAUCAUAGCCAUAAUUUACGUUUGCCAAAAAUUCUUCUAUGUUGAAACCAUAAAAAAUUAUUUAAUCACGAGUGAAAUGGACAUCAUAUAUAUAACUAAUAACAAAAAGCAUAACAAAACACUGUUAGAUCUCAUUUUUUUUUACUUACUUCCACUUCUCUUGAUAUCUUGCCUUUACAGAAUUGUCGUCGGUUUAUGGCGAAGUAGUAUUGGAGAAUCAGGCUCAACGGCUAAAAGCAAAGACGGUAGUGUUCAUCGCGUUCAUAAAUUAAGCAAAAACAUACUUUAUACCAGACAUGGUGUGAUAAGGUAUGUAUUAUACUAUAAUUACUAUAUAUAUGAGCGUUAUCGAAGUUCAAAUUAUGAUCGUUUGAAUCUGAGCACUCUUCUAACCUUAUUCAAUCUUUUUAUUUUGUAUACAAACUCUUGUUUAAACCCUUUAUUAUAUAAUUUUUUCUCACAUAAUUUUUGAAGAGAAAGAAUUUCUUAAAAGAAUUAACAUAUUAAUACGUCACAAAAAACGAUAAAAUGAACAUAAAUCUUUUUCCUUAUAAUUUGCAAAAUAGAUUUGUUAUAUUUAAUUUCAUUUCAGCUCCAACUAAACGAGAAUUUAAUUGCAAUAUAAUAUGAUAAUAUAUAUAAUAUAGAACAAAUAUUUAAAAAAAUCAAUUUAUUGGAUGCAAAAGUUUUAUAUACUUCAUUGAUAAAUUUUUCAUGAUUAAAUUAGCAUAUCCUUUUAAGAUAAGACAAAGAUUUUUCUAUAUGAAAUUAUUGCUCUCUUGGUAUGUAAAAUGAAAUUAUUUUUAUUCAAACACAUAUUUUCUUCCAUAUUUUAAUUUUCUUUGUUUAUAUUAUUUCAUAUUUCUUUUUUUUUUAUCAUUAUAUUAUUAUAUCAUAUAAUAAUAUAAUACGAUAUAAUAAUAAUAAUAUCAUUGUUGUGAUCCGAGAUCUAUAUAAAAAACGAAAAGAAUAUAUAUUAAAAAUAGAUUACAGUCAUUUCCAUUAUUUUCCUAGUACAAAUUUAUAUCAAAAGAUUGGAAGUUAUUCUCGCAAAAUAGAUUUAAAAAAAAUCUUAAAAUAAAGAAAUAGAAGAUGAAUCAAUAGAACAGAAUUGUUUGUUUUCCAAUUACAUGAAAUUCGCAUUAAGCUAACAUAUCGUCCAUAUUUGGCACUGGUACAAGUGGUUUUAGCAGACGAAAAGAUUUCUACAGAUCAUAUAUAUCGAACGAUAAUGAAAAAGGAAAAAAAUGAAAUUUAUUUUAUUCGAAUACGAGAUUUAUAAUAUAGAUAAUAUAAUAGAAUUUUAAUGAAAUGACAUUGAUCAAUUAUUACCCAAUAAUUGAAAUAGAAAGAAAGUAAAAGUAAAAAUUGAUAAAUAUAUUAUUAAGAAAUAUACAAUAUUUUAUGUCAUUUCAUUUUAAAUUCUGAGAAAAUUGAUUUUCCAUAUAUCUUGUUAUCCUACAUAUCUUGUUUCAAGAUGCAAUUUAGGUCAAAAACGUAAUAAUAUUAUUGAAACAUUAGAAAUUGAAACUUCAUUAUGAAAAUAAGGAGAAUGAUAUAAUCAGAUGAUAUGAAAAUAUUAUCGUAUAUUUUGUCAAUUGUGUAUUGAUAUAAUUUAAUAUAAAGUUAUAAUGUUAUAAUAAUAAAGUUGAAAAAAAGCAAUAUUUUGAUAUUGAUUUUUUUUCAAUUUAAUCAUAUUUUCUUAUUAUUAAAAAAUUUAUAAAUUUGAAAAAAAUAAAAAAUAAGCUAUAAAAUUUGAAAACUUAACAGAAUUAAAGUAGAUCAGUAGUAUUAUAUUAUUACAAUUGAAACUUUAUACAACUUUUUUUUUCAUUUUUUUCAACUUUGACAAAUAUUUCAAUUUGAUGCUUUGUUAUAUUUUAAAUUAAUUCUCUCCUCAGUUAGUAUAUCAAAAUUAUAUAAUUAAUUCAUUAAAAUUAUUAUCUACAUCAAAAUUCAAUGAAAUAAUUUUUAACCUAAAAAUUAAAUUGUAUACUAUUUAAUAAGAAUUAUUUCAAUAAAAAUUUUAUAUAAAACAAAUGCUCAAUAAUAAUAAUUUUACUAAAAUUAUAAAAAAGUGCAAAACUUUAAUUUAUUUUUUUUAUUUAUAAAGCUAAACUUAAAUUCCUUUUCUAGAUCUAUGGAUAAUAAUGCAGUAGAUAUUGCAUAGACAUUUAGCAUUUAAGAUGCAAUAUAAUUUCUUUCUCUUUUAUUCACCGUCUAUUUCUUCGUUCAUUUCAAUCUAUCAUCGUUUUUCCAUUCUCUCCUUUUUCCUUCUUUCUGUCGAAUCAUGUGAGUAUUAUCUACAUUUUUUUCUUUCUUCUUAAGUUAUCAGUUGGGGUCUUGAGUUCGCAGCUAAGUAACCGGUUAACUCCGGUCCAUCGACUUCUCCCUAGGCAUUUUAUCAAACAAUGGUUGAUCAUUUCUCAAUAAGACAUUUGCAUCUCGAUCGAUAAUCAUGAAAUCAUAGCUGUUAAAAAACAAAUGAAAUUGAUUUUAAUAAUAAGUUAUCAUUUUAAUAUCAAGAAUUAUUAAUCCAAAAAAAAACUAUAUUUAUAGUUAUAUGUAUAUCUAUAAUUGAUAUUCAAUAUAUCAUAUAUAGAUAUAUAGAUAUAUAUAGAUAUAGAUAAUAUAUAAAUAUUGAAUAAGCAGAAAAAAAAACUUUGUAAUCAAGAUAAUAUUUCUCAUUAAAAAGAAUAUAAUUAUUUAAAUUAUGCGCUUAUAUUUGUCAUCAUUUGCAAACAUGUUUGAAAUAUUUUCGAAUGCAAGAUAAUAGAAGUAAACAAAUAGCAAAGAAAUAUAAAAAUAAACAAUUGAAAAAGAAAUUGAAAAAAUGAAAGAAUGAGAAAAUAUUGAUUGAUAUGUUCAAAGUUCGAGUAAAUUGAACGCCGCGUGAAUGUAUCAGACUCGCAGUGUUUAUCUCACAAUAGAAGCAAAAUGAAAAAAAAAUAAAAUAAAAUAAAUAAAUUGGAGUGCCGAGCAAAUCCAGAAUUCGUGAUAACGAUGUAAUAAUUAUUAUUAUUACUAAAUCAGACCCCCAGCAGAAAUUGCAUCACGUAACAUUAGAUGACCCUAGAAUGGAAAAUAUAUUUUGCCGUCUGCAAUAAAUGUAUAUCGAGCACGUGUAAUGCGAACAUAAAUAUUUUUUUUCAAUUUUUCAAAAAUAAUUAAUGAAAAUAAAAAACAAUUUAUAAACAUAAUAUAAACAUAAACGAAUUUAAAAACGAUAAACGAUAAGAAUAAAUUUUUUUAACCUGAAAAUCAUUAUCUUAGACUGUAAUAAUCAUUGUAAUAAAUAUGAUCGUUUCUUUGUUAAACAAAA